AUGUCCAGCGACAAGGAGCAGAUGCGAGAGGCGGAAAGCCUGAGGAGGACCGCAUUCUGCGGUGUUGCCAUCAGCACUAUCGCCACCCUGACGUGCAUCGUCGCCAUCCCGGCGUUGUACAACUACAUGCAGCACGUCCAGUCGUCUCUGCAGACUGAGGUCGACUUCUGCAAGCACCGCACCACCGGCCUGUUCGAGCAGUACGAGCGCAUGCAAGUGAUCAAGGGAGUCCGUGGAAAGGUUGUCAAGAGGCAAGCCGGAUACGACAGCCCCGUCCAAGCCCAGCCAUCGUACGGAGACUCUGCCGUCGCCGACUCGAGCGCCUCUUCCGAGGGCUCUUGCUGCUCGUGCGGAGGACCAGUUGGAGACAACGGCCACGAUGGACAGCCCGGUGCCGCUGGACAGCCAGGAGCCGACGGCCAGUCUGGAGACCAGGGACCCAAGGGAGGCUGCGACCACUGCCCACCACCCCGCACCGCCCCCGGAUAU